CCUCGCCUUUGGGGAGACAAUCACAGGCUUUGGGGCCUAGGUGCAGCAGGCAGCCCACUCACCUGGGAGGCUUUGUUCCCCCUCAGAGUCUGCCCUUUAGCCUCCUGCCAAGCAGGACCCCCCCCCAACCCAAGCUGUCCCAUCCUGGGCGGGGAUCCUGGGUGGCACUGGAGGCUCUGAACCCCAAGCCCUCGACAUAGCCUGGUCCGCACUAUCCUGGUUUCCUUCCCUACCAGCAACAGGGGGGAUGGAGUAGGCAGGGUGCCAGCAGUCAGGAGGGAGGGUGCGCAGCUCCUGCGGAUCCGCAGGGGUGGGGCGUCCCCCUCCCCACAAAGCCCGCAGCCAGGCCAGUGGGAGGAGCCGCCCAGGCCCCCCCAGAGCCUGCAGGGCUAUAAAGCCGCUGGGCCGCCCUGUGGCUCCUUCCCGGCUCCUGGACCUGCAUUCCCCGUGGCCACUGCCAGUCCGCGCUCUCCUCCGCUGCCAUGAGCCACACGUCGGGCCUCCGGGCCAGCAGCAUCAGCUCCACCUCCUACCGUCGCACCUUCGGGCCACCGCCGUCGCUGUCGCCCGGGGCCUUCUCCUACUCGUCCGGUUCCCGCUUCUCCGGCGGCCGGCUGCUGGGCUCGGCGUCGCCCGGCUCGUCCGUGCGCCUGGGCAGCUUCCGCGGGCCCCGGGCGGGUGCGGGCUCUCUGCUGCGCCUGCCCUCCGAGCGUGUGGACUUCUCCAUGGCCGAGGCCCUCAACCAGGAGUUCCUGGCCACGCGCAGCAACGAGAAGCAGGAGCUGCAGGAGCUCAACGACCGCUUCGCCAACUUCAUCGAGAAGGUGCGCUUCCUGGAGCAGCAGAACGCGGCCCUGCGCGGGGAACUGAGCCAGGCCCGGGGCCAGGAGCCGGCGCGCGCCGACCAGCUGUGCCAGCAGGAGCUGCGGGAGCUGCGCCGCGAGCUGGAGCUGCUGGGCCGCGAGCGCGACCGGGUGCAGGUGGAGCGGGACGCGCUGGCCGAGGACCUGGCGGCGCUCAAGCAGAGGCUGGACGAGGAGUUGCGCAAACGCGAGGACGCGGAGCACAACCUUGUGCUGUUCCGCAAGGACGUGGACGACGCCACCUUGUCGCGCCUGGAGCUGGAGCGCAAGAUCGAGUCGCUGAUGGAUGAGAUCGAGUUUCUCAAGAAGCUGCACGAGGAGGAGCUGCGAGACCUGCAGGUGAGCGUGGAGAGCCAGCAGCUGCAGCAGGUGGAAGUGGAGGCCACCGUGAAGCCAGAGCUGACGGCGGCGCUGCGGGACAUCCGCGCUCAGUAUGAGAGCAUCGCGGUGAAGAACCUGCAGGAGGCCGAGGAGUGGUACAAGUCUAAGUACGCGGACCUGUCGGACGCCGCCAACCGGAACCACGAGGCGCUGCGCCAGGCCAAGCAGGAGAUGAACGAGUCUCGACGCCAGAUCCAGAGCCUGACGUGCGAGGUGGACGGGCUGCGCGGCACCAACGAGGCGCUGCUCCGGCAGCUGCGGGAGCUGGAGGAGCAAUUCGCCCUGGAAGCGGGCGGCUACCAGGCGGGCGCCGCGCGGCUGGAAGAGGAGCUGCGGCAGCUCAAGGAGGAGAUGGCGCGGCACCUGCGCGAGUACCAGGAGCUCCUCAACGUCAAGAUGGCCCUGGACAUCGAGAUCGCCACCUACCGGAAGCUGCUGGAGGGCGAGGAGAGCCGGAUCUCCGUGCCCGUCCACUCAUUUUCAUCCUUAAAUAUAAAGAGGACUGUGCCUGACAUGGAGCCUACCCAGGACAGCCACAGCCGCAAGAUGGUUCUCAUCAAGACCAUCGAGACACGGGAUGGGGAGCAGGUGGUGACAGAGUCACAUAAGGAGCAGCACAGUGAACUGGAUGCAUCUUCCACUCACAGCUACUGAACUUGGUGCAGAACCCCCCGACGCUGCCUACUCUAAGCCCCAACCCCAGAUGUCGGCCCAGAUUAGUCUCCUUCCCCUGCAUGUGUGCCCUCCCGGCCAGCUGUAGCUGGGCCUUCCCUGCUGUCACGUGGAGACAGGACCUAUAUGUUCCCCUUUUCUUGUUGUGGUAAGAUGCCAGUGUUACCCGAGGAUGAAUCUACUCCUGCUGUGAUCCCAUGGUCGGAGGGGUGGGCCAGGGUGCAAGCUUCAUGUCUGAAUAAAAUAAAAUGGCUGUCGAGAGAA